CGACACGUGAAACUAACAAAACUUCAAAUAUUAUAACAUUCGUAUAACAAUGGCAGUUACAGGUUAAGUUUGAAAAUGUGAAUUUACAAAUUUUGUUUACUUUGCGCAGAAACUAUUUAGGACAUUUCGAGAAGUUCUCAUCGCUAUGGACACUUUAUCCACCUAUUAAUUUUUUGAACAGGCCUCGUCGACAAUGCUAAAAUCUUUUUGACAGCAGACAAAAUUGCAGAUUACCCGAUUGCUGUAUGUACAUUAACUGGACUAAAUUUUCACUCAUAGCUUUUUUCCAGCGACACAUCAUUUGGGAAUAUCCUGUAAAUCUAAUUGAAAAAUAACAAUCGCUCGAUCUUUAUAUCUAAUUUGAAUGAUACAUUACCCGCAAUUGCUCUAAAAAAGAAAUACCUUCUGCAGAAUGGCACCCGAACGUUCAUAUUCCCCUCAAGAUGAGAGUAGCUGCGGCACCCCUAAAAUGUCCGUGCCUGGAAGCCCGGUGGCCGGCACCCCUUUGAGGGAUGCACAGUCCCCUAUUUCAUUGCUGCUUGCUGUCGCCCAGAGCCAAAACAAGGCUCCUGACGAUGACCUCACCAGCCUCAACUGGCUACAUGAAAGGGACGUCCUCAAAGGCAUGAACAUAAACCCGUCUCCGUUGAACAGUGUCGCUUCCACGCCAGUCAAAGGCUUCGUCAGCCAUUCGCCGAGCAGCAAUACCGACUACCCGGAAGAUCUGAGCUUGGAAUCGUCCGGUCAAAAUGCACCAUCGGCUAUGACCAGUUCGUAUCAGCCUAUUCAAUCGCAGUCUUCGCAGCAAAGAUACAACAAGCAUCCUCAUAAUGUAACCUAUGACCCACAGAUUCACACAAGCAAUAAGCCGCCUUAUUCCUUCUCAUGUCUCAUUUUCAUGGCGAUCGAAGAUUCCGUGCAAAAAGCGUUGCCUGUCAAGGACAUCUAUGCAUGGAUUCUGGACCAUUUCCCUUACUUCAAAAACGCACCUACAGGGUGGAAGAAUAGCGUCAGGCACAACUUGUCGCUGAACAAGUGCUUCCAGAAGGUCGAAAAAGCACCGAAUCUGGGCAAAGGCUCCCUGUGGACGGUAGACCCUCAGUACAAGCCGAACUUGAUCCAGGCCCUCAGCAGAUCACCGUUGCAUCCUUGUACAAGCGCGGAGCAGGGCAGUUCAACCAAAACGGUGCAAGGGACUCCAGAAAAGCCGGCGGUGUAUAGGUUGCCGAAUCCGGACCUGUUUCCGUACCUUUCCAAAAAGUUGGCCGCCACUGAGAUGAACCACGAUGCGGUGAAGGUCAAAGUUGAACAGGAAGGGGUGGAUUCUAAGGAGCCGUUGAACGAGGCGGACGCGGCCGCUGUGAUGCUGAGUUUGAAGAACGGCACGUCGAAUCACAGACGGGAGGGAGGAAAAUGCACAUGGCAGGUGAUCACAACGUCGCCGAGUCAGGAUCACACUUACAGCGCAGCUGAAAACGGCCUGGAUUACAGGAUGAACAAACCUGCGGCCGCAGUUGCUGGCGCGGAGCCCGAAGAUGACAGGCUCGCGAAAAGCCGCAUAUGUAGGAAAAUAGACUUCGAGGAUGAAGAAGAAAGAAAAAUCCAGGAAGGUGCCGAAACUUUACUGAAUCUAGCCAACAUUACGAUGAAAAGGCGUAACAUCGAUUUCCUGAACUCCAUAGAACAGGACAACAAAAAGAUGAAGUUUGCGACGCAAACCGCCCAGACUUCCGAGCCCCCCGUAGAGAAAACGGCUCCUUUCAAACCUAGGCUGCUUCGAACAAAAAAGAAAAAUCUGAAACAGAAGGUCCUUCUCAACAAUAACGUUGACGAAUGGGUGAAACAUAGACGUGAAAUUGAGAAUAGAAACAGGUAAUCGGGGCGUAGAUAUAUUUAUUGAAAUUUUAAAUUAUUACCAGUAAAAUAUACAUUUUAACAUAUUGUUAAACAUGUAAUUUUUAAUAUAUUUUAUGUUUUUGUUCAAAUCUUUAAGAAUAUAUUUAUAAGGAUUGUUCAUUUUGUAGCUUUAAUGUGACUGAAAAUUAUUUGUUGAGUUUGUUUACAGUUUCGGAUCUGUCGCACUGUCACAGGGUCGCGUUUUGAUAUUUCGCAAGCACGAGGUCUGGCAGAAAAGCAAUGAGACUGAUUUAACAAUUUAUUUCAAACAGCCAUAUUAUCGUCCUCACAGUACUACUCACCGACGGAGACCUGAGGAACGACAGGAAUGCGUUUUGCGAUAAAAAAUUCUGUGAUGGAGAUGGUAGUGUGACAUGGUGUAGCAUUCAUUUAUCUGCAGUGUCUGCUUUAAGAAGAAUGACCAUUUUUCUGAGCCUUUCAAGGACUUGGUUCACAUUUUGGCCGGAUCUGUCAAAGCAUGGCUGGGACAUAAUUUCCGCAGAACAAGCACAAAAAUCUAUCAGAACUGCUACUUUAAAAAAAUCCCCCAAAGAACAGUUGAUCAAUCGAAAGGGAUAGGUUUGUCCAAAGAGCGUGGUGGUCUUUCUAUCCGAGAAACGUGUGAUAUCGCCCAGAACAUUGUAUUAAAGAAAAAACCCAAAAUUUUGGGAAAUCCCCCAACAUGGCAACCCUGUUAAAGCACCACUGGUACUCCAGUCGUCGAAUUUUGGGAUCACAACACGAAUAGCAUUGCCGCGGUUGUUCUAGCAUAUGACUUCAGAUUGGUUGCAGUGUUGCCAGUUUCAUUAUUUUUCUGUCACAAUUUGUAUAUUAUCCCUAGAAAAUCAUACUUAUAAAAAAUUAGGAUUGCAGUGGCAAUAACGGGAUCACUAUGCAUAAUAUCUCUCGUGAGUUUCGAAACAUCCUUUCUAAAUGAUGCUUUUAGUCUACAGUAGGAAUUUAGUGUAUGAAAAAGUGACGUGAACAAUUCGCAACUGUAAAUCGUUGUUAUUUCCGAUAUAAUUUAUUUUUAGCUACUUUGCCAAAUGAUAAUUUUACUCUAAUAAUUUUCAAGUCAAGAUGUCAUUUAAAAAAUGCAACGUGCUGUUUGCGGCAGAUCUAAUGACUGACAAAUUACGUUGAACAUUGAUGUGUUUCCAUCAAUCCAAGGUUACAAACUGAGAACGCUGGACAUGAUGGUGUCCACAAUAAUGGCUCAAAAAUAAUAUUUUUCAAAAGAAUGUGUCGGAAAAAAGUGUUCCCUCUACUAGCGAUUUUUGACUUAAAUUUAAAUUGCCUUUUAACCAUGGGUGUCAGAUAUCUGGCUGACAAAUGUUGAAUAUCUUCACUGUUUUUCCUGUAAUUUUGGUUCAGCUUAGAUCUGCUGUACACGGUGGCGAAGUUAAAAACUUCCACCUAAAAAUUAGGUUAAAAACGUAGACGUAUACAGGUGUUACCAUAAAUGAUAGUAUAAACAAUCUAUAAGAUAUCCUUCUGACUUAAUUUUGAAAGCGAAGCGAAUUUCGAAGGCAUAUCGGGCUGUAGCUGAGUCAGCUUUCGCUCAGUUCUUUCCAACCACAAAAUUCUGAUAAUCGGAAUAUAGUCGUCCUAACAAGUUGAUGUUGCCUAGCAAUAAACUGAACUUAUCUGCUCCACUUUAAGUGGCCGUUAGGACUAUCAGAAUUGCGUUGUUGGAAAGGAACGAAUAUUUACCACGAUAUUUCAGCACAUUUUGACGUAUACUCAAGUGUGUCCCCGUUUUGUACUGCCGACAAUCACAGUCUGUUGAAUAUUGGUUAACUCAUUUAAUACACAUUUAGUUUUGAAAGUUUCGAAAAUUAUCAAAAUUCUUGAAGAUUUUGGAAAUUUCGGAAAUUCUGAAAAUUUUGAGACAUUCUGAAAAUUUCGAAAAUUCUGAAAGUUGAAAUUUUUGAAGAUUUUGAAAA